AUGAACGAUCCGCUAACGUCGCUAGUCAAACGACCGAAGAAAUUCCUUGCACUCUUCCCCCGUGUAACAUUCAAGAUGAAGUUCGGAAAGCAGAUUCAGCGCAGGCAACUCGAUCUUCCUGAAUAUGCGGCCAGUUUUGUCAACUACAAAGCUCUGAAGAAGCUUAUCAAGCAUCUAAGUGCAACCCCAACGAUUGCAGCGCAGGGUGCCCCUCCGGCCGAUCUUGAUCCCCAGUCUGCGUUACGCGCCAAUAAAGAAGUCUUCUUCUUCCGUCUGGAGCGCGAGAUUGAAAAGGUCAACGAAUUCUAUGUGCAGAAGGAGUCAGAGUUUUCUACACGGUUGAAGACGCUCUUGGAUAAGAAACGCGUCGUGCAGUCUCGUACCCAUGCCGAUAAAAAAGCACCUACGUAUUUCGUCUCACUUUUCGAGGGCUUUUUGCAGUUCGACAGUGACUUGAAUAAGCUGCAGCAAUUUGUCGAGAUAAAUGAAACGGCCGUUUCGAAAAUCCUGAAGAAGUCUCGAAUGAAAGAACUGUACCUGCAACGUGCUGUCGAGGUUCAACCAUGCUUCAAUCGAGAGGUUCUCCGCGACCUGUCAGAUAGGGCGACCACAGUACGGUUGGAUCUGGAAGCCUGGGCCGAGGGAGAAAACAUCCGUUUUGAUGUCGCUCGUGCAACUGAACGGGCAGAAACAGCUUUGAAAGAUGAAGAUGAGCAGACAGACCUUCAGGUCCUCCAUAUGGCGGCUGCAGGAAAUAUGAUUGCACUACAAGAGUGGAUUACGAAACUUAGGACCACACCAGACUCUCGUGAUCGAAUUACUCGUCUGUUCUUGUCUGCUGUUACCGACUUUUCCGACGAGAUUCUAGGGGCUAUUUUAGAAAGUGGUCUAGUGGACUUGCAUGCAGAAGAUGACAUUAACGGACGAAAUUGUCUCCACGAGGCGGCAAUCUCAGGCCGGACAUAUGUGUUUGAGGCCGGUCUCAAGAAUGGGGUUGACAUUACCAGACCUGAUGUUUACGGUAGAAUCCCGCUUCACUAUGCUUGUAUACAUGGACGUGUGGAAAUGGUGCGGAAACUUCUCUCUGCCGCCCCCGAUACGGUGAAUAGUCUCGACCACGAUAACUUCACACCCCUCAUUCACAGUAUCGUGCGAAAUCGGUUGGAAUGUGCAGAGCAAUUGCUGAAUAACCAAGCAAGGAUUGAUCCUACUUCUGAAUCCGAUCAUAUCCCCCUCAAUCUUGCCUGUCAGCAUGGAACAGUCGCUAUCGCCAAAGUGUUACUACAGAAGGGAGCGUCUCUACUUCCAGACGCCGAGGGCCUCUAUCCUCAGCACCUCGUCGCUCGCUCUGGCAAAGCGCCAGAACUGCUGACAUUGCUCAAGGAGCACGGUGCGGACUUAAAUCAGAACGACAAGCUCUACCAAUGGACUCCAUUAUUUCACGCCGCCAGUGAAGGUUGUGUAGCUUGUCUUCGCAGCCUUCUUGAGCUUGGUGUGGAUACCACUAUUCUAGACGAAAAAGGAUUGUCUGCUAUGUACUACGCUGCGUGGGAAGGGCAUCUUGAAUGCAUGGCUCUCCUCUGGUCAAAGCGAGAUCCAUCCUUACCUCAUCGUCCUCUUAUCAGCCAUCAGGUGGUACCCCAGACUAGUGGCGCAACAACUGGUUAUGAUGGUUUUCGCACCGAUACUGGUCCAUCAGCAUUCAGUUCUGAAGGUCCCGACGGUAUCCCUGAUCUUGAACUUCCUCCUCCUAUCAUCCCGCUACGGCGUUACGGCCAUAACUUCCUUGACACCAAGGCCUUUGUCCAGAUUUAUUUCGACACAUCUAAUCGUGGGCCCAUUGUUUUCGACCGAAGUGGGCGGCAUCCGGCUUCUCGUCUUACCAUGUCUUCGAAACUGUCAGAUGUGAUACCUCGCACUAUCAUGCUUCCCAUCCAGGAGGACUCGCGAAUCGUCACAUUCCAGGUGGAUACGUUGGAGAACUUUGUUAUUGAGUUCGAGAUAUUCCCCACCUUUGGUUCAAAGGUGAUAGCAAAAACCGUGGCACUACCGUCACUCUUUUCAGCAGAGAAUUCAAGUGCAGGUAGCUGCUCGCUGCCGCUAUUUGACCCAAGAUUGCGCUCGAUUGGCCAGAUUCGCUUCGAUUUCCAAGUCAUCAAACCCUAUUAUGGUGACCCGCUGGAGAUUACACACUUUGCUACUUACUGGAAAGCAACCAACGCAAUUGAUGCUGAUCAUAAUGGCUUGAUCACUGGCUCAAGUUUAUCCGGGGAUUAUGUGCAGCUCUUUGUACAGCUUACAAAGGACAGGAAACCUGUACUUCAUCCUCUAUUUUCCAUUAACCACUUCGGCAUCGACAUACCUAUCUGCACGAUCACCUACGAACAAUUUCAAAGAGUCGCCCGGGAACGUGGUAUCGACACUAAUGCAGUACUUGAGAGUCUGCAUUCUAAGACUCCGAGUGACAUAGCUUCCAUUCACAAACAGCUUGCAAACUCCUUCUUGUCUUUGCAGGAUGUCCUCUCACAUCUCCCUACCAGCAUCAAUGUCAAUCUCACCGUUAUCUACCCACCGGCUUCUGAAGAAAAGAAGCUCAGUCUAAGUUCUCUAGCGGACAUAAACACCUUUGGGGACUGUAUUCUCCAUGUUGUCUUCGAUCACGCCAGGGCAUCACGCCAAAAGAGCCCGGACUUUAUGCGCUCAGUUGUCUUCACGUCGUAUAACACUAGCAUUUGCACGGCCUUGAACUGGAAACAACCCAAUUAUCCGGUACUCCUAUGCAACGAUUUGGGGCAGAUUGGGGACUUCACUCGAGAGGUCAGCCCGUCCGCUGCAAUCCCAUCUGAUGGUCACACUUCCAUGUCGAUCAAGGAAGCUGCACGCAUAGCCCAAUCGAAUAAUUUCAUGGGCUUGAUAUGCCGGUCAACUCUAUUGAACGUCAUGCCGGCACUCAUUGAAACAAUUAAAGAACAGGGUCUCGUACUCAUUGCCGACACAUCCGAUGAGACAUCAACUCCACCAUCGAAAACAACAUCACUAAAAUCGGCCACGGAAUGGGCAUAUAGGACGCCGGAAGGCGUAAACGGUGUAAUGAAAGCAACCGGAGUACUUCGCUUUAACGAAAGCAUUGAUAUGUGAUAAUGACAGACUAUAUACCGAGGCAGUUGAAUUAAGAGGAGAAAAGGAAGUAAAACACUUUUCUUAUGGCUCAUGAUACCUGUUGAUUUUUCUUGAUAGAUGACGAAAGGGUGGCACAUUUGUUAGCUGUUGGGUGCAUUUCGUUUUUUUUCUCUUUUUUUUUUUCAAAAUAGUCAAAUCAUCUGGCGUGGGUCGACGUGUCAUAGAAAGUUGACUCACAUAUCGCUCGGCGUUGUUUUGAGGGACCCAGCCUACAACGUGCUAUUUCAGGAAGGUGUAAAGCUCUACAGAGCCUGCAAGAUGAGUUUGGUUUUCGUACGAAUGGUCUUUCUAUCUAGAAUACAUAAGUUGAGUUGAUAAGUUGGUAAAUGCAAACUUGACGCGGCCUACAUCUUCUAAUCCAUCCAUCUAUUUCAGUGGUGUUUGUUUCGAUAUUUCUGCUUGUGGUCGUAUGAGCAAAUGUAAAGAGCGGAGGAAAAUGAAGUGGUGAUACAAUACGUCAACAAAAUUCCAGACAUAUAGGCUAGGAUGGUGUAUUAAAUCAAGAUAGGUAGAUUGGGAGAUUGGUCAGUAAGCAAGUGAGGAGAUUUCUAUUUGGCGGCCUUGGGAGUCUUUUUGCCAAUAUUCCAACCCCAGCUUCGUAGGGUUUUGACGACUUUGGGCGUCACGGCGGCUGUGAGCGGGACCCGGAAGAAGAUGAAGCUUUUGUGGACGGCGUAUGCUAUUGCGAG